AAGUAUUACUGUACCUUUUCUUCUUCUAUUCAUCUCUACUCUACUCCAUCAUCUCUUCUUCAAUGGCUUCCCUAGACCCUAAUACUUCUAGAACCCCAAGUAGUCAUUGACCAAAAUACCCCUUCCUCCUCCUCCUCCCGUCAAAAUCUCUACCCGACCAUUGACAUGAACGACCUCGUAGAAAACCUCUUUCCUGAAAAUGACCAAAUUACCCCUAACGACCAGCAUGAUACACCGUCUGCCCCUCUUGAAACCCUACUUACUAUCCCCGGUUCCAUGCUCCAUUUGAUCGACACACACUACUCCGUCGAACUUUCCGCCGGAGACUUAUCCGUUCAUCGUCUCCGGCAAGACAACAGCGUCGUCGCUGUCCUCGUUCGUGUCGGAAACGAAAUCCAGUGGCCGUUGACUAAGGACCUUGCCGCCGUAAAACUCGACGAUUCGCGCUACUUUUUCUCAUUUCAAGCUCCUAAAGACGAUGAAUCGGAUAAGGAUUCGUCAGCUAAUGACUUGGCGAAUGAAUCGUUGAAUUAUGGUUUAACGAUUGCUUCCAAGGGACAGGAGAAAUUACUAAAGGAGCUGGAUGGCAUUUUGGAAAAUUAUAGCAACUUUGCGGUGCAGAAAGUGGAGGAGACGGCCGCGGCGGUGUUGGGCGGACCGGUGGCGAAGGAGUUGUCUCCGGCGGAUUUGAAGUCGGAGAAGAAGAAGGAAGUGUUGGAAGAGCGAUGCGCGGCAUAUUGGACCACGUUGGCGCCUAAUGUGGAGGAGUAUAAUGCCUCGGCGGCAAAGUAUGUGGCUUCGGGGUCAGGACACUUGAUAAAGGGGAUUUUGUGGUGUGGAGAUGUGACUGCAGAUAGAUUGAAGUGGGGUAAUGAGGUAUUGAAGAAUAGGUUUAAGACAGGUUCGAAAACUGAGGUUAGUCCUGAGACAUUGAAGAGGAUCAAAAGGGUUAAGAGAGUAACAAAGAUGACUGAGAAAGUGGCGGUUGGAGUCCUUUCUGGAGCUGUGAAGGUUUCAGGAUUCGUUACCAGGUCAGUUGCAAAUACCAAAGCAGGAAAAAAGUUCUUUAGCCUCCUGCCUGGGGAAAUGGUUCAUGCUACUCUUGAUGGAUUUAGCAGAAUAUGUGAUGCUGGUGAAGUAGCUGGAAAGAAUGUGAUGUCUACGUCAAGCACUGUCACGACUGAAUUUGUUUCUCACAGGUAUGGAGAAGAAGCAGCUAAGGCAACCAGUGAAGGGCUUGAUGCUGCAGGGCAUGCUUUUGGAACUGCCUGGGCUGUGUUUAAGAUCAGACAGGCACUGAACCCCAAGAGUGCCUUGAAGCCCACUACCUUAGCCAAAUCUGCUGCUAAAGCUGAUAAGAAGGCUAAGAGUUCCAAGUAGUCACCGCCGAUUAUUGUUGUUGACUUCUCCAGUAGAGAUUCGUGUGAAGUAUUGGUAGCAACGCGGUAUUUCCUUUCUACUUGUGAAGCAGUAUGUUGUCGUGGUCCAUGGGAAGGCUCAACUUGGCUGUGGCUCUGAUCAGCAAGCUGAUUAUUGCAAAAAGAUUUGGGAAGUUGUGAGUGGUGGAGACGAGCAGAUUGGGCAUUAGAAGAAAACAUUGAGAUAACAGGCAAUUGGGGCCGUCCUCUUCAUAUUAUUUUUGUGUCUGUCUAUGUGUGUACAAGUGGGAGUCUGCUGUAAAAUGUGUGAAUGAAUACUCUUUUCCUCAUGAACUUGAUACUAACCAGUUGGGAUUAAAAUUUGAUUAAUUAUUACAUUUACAUUAGAUAUGGAGUUUGUUAGGCAUGUUCUUAAUCUUGUUAUAUACUUGUAUGGCAAUGUAAAUAAAUGAGUCACUUCAAGAA